AAACUUCUGUGGGACCAGUUAGGGUCAGUUCUUAAGAUCCCCCUGUGGCAGUGAGAAACAACAGCAGCAGUGGACUGACUCUCCAACCAACUUUAGAAACAAAACUGGCUCUAGCUUGAAGACUGGUUUUUGAAAGCGGAUUCUCUUAUGUCCUGGCAUUUGGGAGGAACCAUCCUCAAAAAUUCCCUCCCCCCCCCGCUGUCUCUGGAAGUUGGAACAGUCCCAGAGUAAAAGCCUCGACGGUUGGCCCCAAGACUUCCUUUUCUCGGAGCCCUUGGAGGGAAAGGGCCAGCCAACCCCUAAAGUACUCAGUCAUCAUGGCCUUGAAAUCUGACGACCCCACUGGUGGGUUCCAGCAUGACAAUGUGGUAGCUUUCAUCAAUGAGAAAAUGGCUGGGCACAUAAAAGGCCCUGAGUUCUACAUCGAGAAUCUAUCCCUGUCCUGGAAGGAGGUGGAGAACAAGCUCAGGACCAUCCUGGAGGACACCACAGUGUCCAGCGAGGCCAAAGAGGCCUGUGCCUGGAGCAGCCUGGCCCUGGGCGUGCGUUUCGCCCGUAGGCAGGGCCAGUUACACAAGCAUAGGGUACACUGGCUGCACGAUUUUGCCAAACUACAUAAGUCAGCAGCACAUGCCUUGGCCUCAGACCUAAAGGAAUUCACAGAGCAGCAGGAGAUGGAGCGCAAGGAGGCAGCCUUUCGGCUGCAGCUGGCCCAGUCCAACCUGGCAGAGAUGCAGAAGGAACGGGAUCUACUAAGGUGGAAGCUCUUCCAGCUGGGUUCUACCCAGGAGCGGGGCGGGGUCUCAGAGGAGCCAGGCCUGGCCACUGCCUGUGAGACUGGGACAGAGGGAGCAAGUGAGGAGGAAGAUGAGGCCGGAGCUGCUGCUACUUCUACUACCGCUGCUGGUGCCACAGGAAGAGGAAGAAGAAGACAGAAGGAUGCAGAGGGGGCAGAAACUGCAAAGGCGAUGAGUAGAGGCCUCAUGCAGCUGCUGGGAGCUGUGGAGCGGAAAAAUUACACCACUGGUGGGCAGAGGGAGGGAGAUCUCAGGUCAGUGGAAACAGCCAUGUUUUAUUUCUCUGGGACCCUCAAGCCUGGGUCCAGAGUCGCACCAUCGCCCCUUCCUGUCCAGCUCCCUGCCUCAUUCACAUACUCCUACUCUUGCCCCUCAUCCCCCUUCCCGCCUGCACCCACACCAUCCCCACCAGCAGCAACAUUCACUGCAGGAGCUCCAUUUCCAACAUCUCCACACAUGUGGUCUGAUGCGGGGUCCCAGGGAACAGGAACUCAAGAAUCCCAAAGAGACAGGAGAGACUCUGAACCCUAUCAGCAGAGAAGACCUCCCAUAUUUCGCAGGCCUGGGGAUUGGGACUGCCCUUGGUGUAAAGCUGUGAAUUUUUCACGGAGGGAAAUCUGCUUCCGAUGUGGGAGGGGAAUUUGGCUGCAAAGCCCUCAGUAAAUUCAGAAAUGUGAAACAGAACAGAAA